CUUUUUAGAAGAGAUUACUCUGGGAAUCAUGAACAUCAAGGACUUUGUAGUACUCCCAGGUUCAAAAGCUGGAACCUCAGUGAGAUUAAAAGCCAAGAAUGUCAGAGAAUUGAAGUUAGAAAAAGUACAGCUAGAACUAGAAAACAAGGAGAUGGAAAAGAAAUUACAGCAACUACAAUCAAACAUGAAUAGAGAAAAAGAAGAAAGAAAGAAAUCAAGGGCUUUUCACUGGAGAAAUGGGCAGGCAGGACCAAUGACCAUCCAAGCUCGCCUUUUGUCUCAAAAACAAGAAAACAGUAAUAAAGUAUCUUCAGGAAAAGUGACACUGAAAAUGCUCAAAGAACAGAUUCAGGAGCCAGUGAAACAGUCAUUUAAGGGUGAAGUGGCAAAGGCUGUAGCUUCUGAAACCCCUGAAAUGAAGGGAGCACCGUAUGGGCAGUGUGAAACUAACAGUGUGUUGCUGCCCGCAGAAUCAGUACAGACAGGCCUUAAAAAACAGGAGACUGGGUUAUUACUACAGGGUGCAUUUAAUGAGGAAGAAUCUACACAAUCUUUUCAGGAAGCUUUGAUGCAAUGGAGAAAUAGAUACUGUGAUCACAGAACUGCACUGAAUUCCAGUGAGGUGCUGCCAGCAUCUGUGGGAGUUUGUGAAGUACAGACCCACCUUACUCUGAUGAAAGAACCUAUCCAAGUUGAAUUCAAGGCGGAUGGUCUGAGCUACAUGGAAAAACUCUUGCUUAAGAAGCACAGAAGAACUCCUAUUAAUGAAGUUUCUAGUAAUCAGGUUAAUGAUUUAAGGCCUGUCCAAGCACUUAAUGAACAUCAGGCUGCUGUGUUUGGCGAAGAAGGAGGUGGAAAAGGAGAUGAUGAUGACAGUGAUGAUGAUGACUAUUCAACAGUUGAAGAUAUGAAGAGAUAUUGGGCAGCUCUUUUUAAAGAGAAAGAACCCAACAUUGUUUCUGAGAGGGCAGAAUCCUCUCUGAAAAUUGAGAUCCUUGAUGGUUCUUAUGACAAGGACUUGGACCAAUCAUCUAACUUUUUGGUGAUGGAAGCUGGGGCUAUGGGAAUGAAUAAGCAAAGAAAAACUGAACCACUCAAGCAGUCUGGAAGGUAUCAGAAAUGCAGAGAUUAUUUGGAAGAGGGAUUCAAGUCAUUACAGGAAGUGGCCCGAAGAGAGAAAUGUGUUUCUGCGUUGAAUUGGGGACUUGAAGGUUUCUUUGCUUUAGGUGUAAACCCUAAACAAGGAAUGCCCAAAGCAUCAUCUUCACUUUGUGCUGAUUUGAAUGCUGCAAAAGAUAAUAUUUCAUUUUCAGGAGAUGGAAAGUGGACUAUUGACAGAGGCUUAAGUGAAUAUGCUGAUGACUCUGUGGUUCAAGAUGUCUUAGAAAAUCAAUUGAACAGAUCUUCAAAUCUUCUGGAAAGACAAAACCCUCAAAAUAGAAUGUCUGCCCUGAUGGCAGCAUACCCAG